AUGUCACAAAAACUCAACGUUGCCAUCGCGCAGUGCCGCACCCGCGAUACUCUUACUGAGACACUCAACGCCCUUGAACAAGUCACCAUCAAGGCAGCUAACCGCUUAGCCAAUAUCCUUCUCUUCCCAGAGGGGUAUCUGGGCGGAUAUCCUCGAGGCUGCAACUUCGGGGCUGCAAUUGGAUCUCGCAACGAUGCGGGACGAGACCAGUAUCUAGAAUAUUUCAAAGCCGCAGUUGACUUUGGAGAUACCCCCAUCCCCAGCGGAGAUGACUGGGUUGAACGGAAGCUACCUGUUGCUGAAGGGAAGAAUUAUAGAGGCGAUGGUACUCGAGAGUUCCUUGAGCGAGUGGCUAGGGAUAAUGGCGUGUUGCUUGUUGUAGGUGCUAUCGAGAGGUGUGCUGGCAGCUUGUACUGUGCGGUUGUCUACGUUGAUCCGAAGAAGGGCAUGAUAGGAAAGAGAAGGAAGGUGAUGCCAACUGGGACGGAACGGCUGGUGUGGGCUCAAGGUCCAGCAUCGACUUUGAAAGCGGUCACUACAGAAAUCAAUGGUGUGAAGCUUACUCUUGCCGCGGCUAUAUGCUGGGAGAAUUACAUGCCUUUGCUUCGGCAGGCUAUAUAUCAGCAGAAUGUCAACCUCUACCUGGCCCCUACAGCUGAUGGAAGAGAUACCUGGCUUCCAUUGAUGCAAACCAUUGCCCUGGAGGGCCGUACGGUCGUCCUCAGUGUCAAUCAAUGUCUAAAACGCAGCCAUUUGCCUUCUUGGGUCACGAAUGAUAUCAAACUGGAAGGCCAGAAUGGCUCUGAAGAUGCUUUCGUCACUGGAGGAGGGGGUUGUAUCAUCAGCCCUGCUGGAAAAGUGCUGACAGGUCCGAUUUGGAAUGUUACGGACGAAGAUGAGGAGAGCCUGCAGGUAGUUGAAGUUGAUUUUGAGGAUUGCGUGAGAGGACGACUGGAGCUGGAUGUUGCUGGCAGUUAUUCGCGCAACGAUUCGUUCAAAUUGACAGUUGAAGGGCUGGAUUUGAACCCUCCUCCACAGUAA